GCUGCCACCGUCUCUCUUAGCACCUGCUCCGUUCAACAACCGCGAGCCAUCGCCCAAAGACUUCACAUGCUCUUCCACUUAACAGCCGUAUUAGCCAUCCUAUACUACAGGUUCACCAACCUAAUAUAUGGUGAUGUACCCACCCUUCCAUGGGGUUUCAUCACUCUUUCCGAGCUCAUCUUCUCCUUCAUCUGGUUCCUAACCCAAGCCUUCAGGUGGCGCCCAGUGGUACGAACCGUCUCCCUUCAUAAUCUCCCGGAUGACGACGAGUUGCCGAGAGUAGACGUCUUCAUAUGCACAGCCGACCCCAGCAAGGAGCCCACAGUCGAGGUGAUGAACACGGUGUUGUCCGCCAUGGGGCUCGAUUACCCAUCGGACAAAGUGGCGGUCUAUUUAUCGGAUGAUGGUGGUGCACCAUCGACACUAUAUGCUAUCGAGGAAGCAUGUUGUUUUGCCAAGGGAUGGUUACCGUUUUGUAGGAAAUAUGGGAUAAAAAAUAGGUGCCCAGAAAUGUUUUUCUCUACAUAUGGACAUGAUGAGUUGCUUUUCAGAAGUCAAGAAUUUGAAGUAGAUGAAGAAAACAUGAAGUUAGCAUACGAACGAUUCAAAGAAAAUGUAGAGCAGAGAACCAAUGGAGCUUCUGCUGUCAACGACCGGGAGCCACACAUUGUGAUUAUACAUGAUAACCGAAAGAGCGGAAGGAACGAAGAGAACCAAGUUCAGAUGCCUCUUCUUGUCUACGUAUCUCGAGAAAAAAGACCAUCUCUUCCUCACCGUUUCAAAGCCGGAGCUUUAAACACUCUUCUUCGUGUUUCAGGAGUUUUGAGCAAUGCUCCAUACAUGCUGGUGUUGGAUUGUGACAUGUAUUGCAAUGAACCUACAUCUGUGAAACAAGCAAUGUGUUUCCAUCUUGAUCCUAAGCUCUCUAGUUCGCUUGCUUUUGUUCAGUACCCGCAAAUUUUCUAUAACGUUAGCCAAAAAGACAUCUAUGAUGGCCAAGCAAGAUCUGCAUACAAGACCAAAUAUCAAGGGAUGGAUGGGAUCGGAGGCACGAUUUGUUCAGGAACCGGGUAUUAUUUGAAGAAGAAAGCAUUAUACACUUGUCCCAAUCAACAAGAUGAACAUCUUUUGCAUCCUGAAGAGAGGUUUGGUGGGUCUAGAAAGUUCAUAGAUUCAUUAAAAUCCAGUGAGAACAAAGAGACUCGAAUAGAUCGAUUUACAACCGCCAUUUUAGAAGAGACUAAGAAGCUCGCCUCCUGCUCGUAUGAAGAUAACACUAAAUGGGGUAAAGAGAUUGGUUACUCGUAUGAUUCAUUACUGGAGAGCAGUUUCACAGGGUAUUUGUUGCAUACAAGAGGAUGGAAGUCAGUGUAUCUAUAUCCCAACAGGCCAUGUUUCUUGGGUUGCACCACCAUCGACAUGAAGGACGCAAUGGUUCAACUCAUGAAAUGGUCUUCUGGAUUGCUUCAAGUUGGUCUCUCCAGGUUCAACCCUCUUGUCUAUGGUGCAUCCAGAAUGUCAAUCCUUCAAACGAUGUGUUAUGCCUAUUUCAUGUAUACCCCCCUUUUGGCAAUAGCAUUUCUGCUCUACGGCACCAUACCCCAAUUCUGCCUUCUCAAAGGCGUCGCAUUGUACCCCACGGCAACAAAUCCGUGGUUUAAAGUGUUUGCAACAGUAUACAUAUCCUCACUUUCCCAACAUUUGUAUGAAGUGCUCUCUAGUGGUGAUACAAUCGUGACAUGGUGGAAUGAACAAAGAAUCUUUUUCAUAAAAUGCAUCAGUGCAUUACUAUUCGGAUGCGCUGAUGUCAUGAUGAAGUCACUCGGGGUUGCAAAAGCCAAUUUCCGUUUGACGAACAAAGUGGUUGACAAAGAAAAGAUGGAAAAGUAUGAGAAUGGUAAGUUCGAUUUUGAAGGUGCCAAGAUGUUCAUGAUACCGAUGACAUUUAUGGUGUUAUUUAAUGUCGUGUGCUUUUUGGGAGGUGUGAAGCGAGUAAUACACAAUGGCAAUCUUGAGGAGAUGUUUGGCCAGGUAUUCAUGUCGUGGAUAACACUAAUAUAUAGUUAUCCGAUCCUCAAGGGGCUUGUACCAAGCGGUAGCAAAGGUAAGAAGAUUAAACAUUAACGAACAAACUUGAUCGCUCGUGAAGAUCCAAAUCAUAUUUUGUGUGAAGGUCAUGGAUCCGAUUCCUCUCGAUCUCUUGAAAAGAAGUCAAAGCUUAAUAUGAUCGUAGAGAUUGUACACUUAUAAUAUGAUGAAAUAAUCGAUUGAGAAGAUAUCUUGGCUUGGCUA